AUGCUGUCGCAACUGGAAGACUUGGGAGUCUCUAAGGAGGAAGUAAGCUGCGGUAGACUGGAGGCGGGCUCGCCUCGCGACACUCUGGCGUGGACACCGCUACAAUACGCGUGUGCAUUAGGGGAUACAGAGCUUGUGUCCCAGAUUAUUGCUACGAGCCCCCAGGCUGUAAAUGCUCUGGGCAACACAAAAUACGCGUACUCGCCGUUGCAUAUUGCAGUUCGUUUUGAACACGAAGCUAUCGUCAAGUUAUUGCUCGCAGCAUCGCCAGCAGCCAAAAUUAAUGCUGUUGACAGUCAAGUGGGUUGUUCACCACUGCACUUGGCAACUCUGCAAGGCAAUCACGCAAUAGUCAAACUUUUGCUGAACGAUUUCAACAUUCAACAACUUCAAUCCAAGAGGGGAACGACACCGGUCGAAAUUGCAGAGGAACUUGAGUUCUAUGACGUACGCGCGGCUCUCGUAGACUACGCAACUCGUGCCGCCGGUCGAACGCAGCUUUCUAGCUGGUUGGCAAGCAUCGGGUUGGUGGAGUACGCGCAGUCGUUCUUUGAUGAGGGCUUCGAUGAUGCUACUUUCCUCAGGGCAUCGAGCGAAGCUACAGAAAUUGUAUCAACUCAAAGAGUUCUUGCAUGUCGAGUCGGAAGCUGA